GUUUCGAAUAAGCCCGCGGAUUCCAAAUAUGGCGAUUGCUUGCAACGCAACUUCGUAACUUUUGUCUUACGAUAAUUCCUACGGUUAUCCGGCAAACUUGCGAUCUGGCUCGUGACGAUCAACAGUGAUGACACGCGUGUGCUCCUGAAAACAAUCAAUGAAGUGCACUGGCCGAAAAAGUGAACGGACUGGACAUUCGAAAUACACAACCGAUCGACGCAGCCGAGGCGAAAAUGGCAGCGUACACGCAACUGUUUGUUGUAAACACCAGUCCACAAGGAAGGCGCAAGGCGAAUUUCAGCCGGGCAGAAAUCGACGCGUUGGUCGCGGGGUACAAGACGUACAGGACCGUAAUCGAACGACGAUGUGCGGGUGUCUCCAAAAGUAGGAACGAAGCGUGGGAUUUGAUAACGCAGUCUCUUUUUGCCGUUUCUGGGGUGCGCCGAACAACGGCGGAGGUCAGGAAGAAAUGGGCGGACUUGAAAUCAUUAAACAAGAAAGGAGUCAGCUGCGGCGUUACAGCUGGGAACCUCCUUGCUGAAGCUUCCCUAUUCAAUAAUCGCAACGAGUUUGUAAUAGGAAUGCCCAUUGAAGAGUGUUUGCUCGGCAGCAGCACAGAAGCCCCAAGCAGCACAGGAGCUGAUGAGUCAAGUGAUAAUACGAAUACUAAUAUCGAUGUCAAACAAGAGCCUCCCAGCUCUCCCGGGGAGGCCUUCAGUGAUAACAGAUCAAGUGAUCCAGAGCCAGAACAUGAAGGCAGUGAUCUGCACAAAGAUGAGGAAGUUCCAUGCAAUAGCAGGUCAACCCAGACGAGUGAGCCGAGUUCACAAGACGCAGGCGGUGAAGUAGAAGAAGCAAGCGAGUUGCUGAAAACACAGAAGGAGAUACUUCACGUGCUCAAGCGCCUUGCUAAAGCUCAAGAAAGGCUUGUUCAGCUGAAAGCCUGGAAGUAUGGUGUGAAACUGACUGAGGACGGCAUUUCUGAUGAACCCAACAGGAAAAAUGGCCUCCUAGCUCCAACGUCAGCUCCAAAAUUGUGACCCCAUUUACAGUCUUGUUGAUCAUGUCUUGCCUUUUGACUCUCAAAGUACAAAACUUGACUGUGUUUCAUAGUGUAAUGUGACCUCAUCUGGUGCAUCGCGUUAUGUUAAAGUAGUGUGCAAGAGCUCCUACUUUCGACCAUACAGCAUAUGUUGAUUGGCUAAGCCAGUGGGCCUCUCACUCUAAUUAGGUUUGCACCAGAUAUUUCGCUGUAAAGAUUUACUAUUCCGAAAAGUCAUUGUUCAUUUAUACAGCUUGGCCUUUUGUCCUGUAUAAACAACGCCUGCACAGCUGCCUUGCCUUCACGUAGUUUGACGUCCAUGCAGCCUUCACAAAGAGCCAACAUAUGGUUAUACCAUUUGAGAUAGGCUAGUUUUAUAUAUAUACUGAUUAUGGUAGCUCUAUUACAUACAGAGCAAGUGUAAAAGGUUCAUAAUAUAUGAUGAUUGUUACACGCAGCAUAUCUUGUUGCAGUGUGACCACAAACGGCCUGUAACUAAACAAAUCCUACAGCCUCAAUCUGGAUCAUUACGAAGUAUAUACGUAGUCACACUGAAGGCUUGUAACAUUGUUGCUGUGCUGAAUGUUUGUACAGCCAGUGUACAAAAUGCAUUGGUCUCUUUUCUGCUUUCAUAAGUGUCGUUUACCAUUAGUGUUGAAGUUGUAAGCGGCAUACCUUCCGUUUUGGUAAUCAUGCGUCUAAAGUCAGUGCAACCAGGGUGUCGGAACGAAAUGUUUUUCGUUUCGGUUUUAGUUUCGUUCCACCGCAAAAAGUUCCGUUCCGUUUCUGUUUCGGAACGAAAAAAAAAUGUUCCGUAACGGUUCGUAACGGUUUUUUUUUAUGGAAAAAUUUCAAGUUAAAGUAAUCAUAACGAACAUUGCAUUUGUGAUGUAGAUACUUGCCCUCCUCUUAGGAAAGUGGGACAAAGGUAAAAUACGUUCUUCAGAGGAGCGGAAGUAACUGCACCACGAAUUUAUACCAACUAGCACAAACCAGUAUUAAUUUCAAAGUCAUAGUAUUUAUUUUCUCAAAAGACAAAUACGAAUUUUUUAGUGGGCUCAAUGCUUUGUGUCAAGGGAGUGAGCACGAUCUCAGACACAGCAUGUCAUUGAGCGUACUCUCUGAUGUGCGAAAUCGCUGUUCUGAUAAAAAGAUCGCCAGGCCUGCGCGGAACACGCCGCACAGUCAAAACGAAAGCUGGAAGAGCGGACUUUGUAGAGCCCAUUUUAGAGUCUCUAGAGGCAAUAAUACAAGUACACAUGCAAGGUACCCACUACGCCAUAAAUCAUCCCAAUUCUUCUGAAGUUGAGAAGUUCCCACUAUGCCAUUUUUCGUCAGUCUUCGGAGUCUCGUGGUACACGCUACACAUCUGUAAGGCAUUAUGUGCACUUUGCGCUGGGACUGAUGACGAUAAAGAAUUAUGGCUGAGCACUUUGCAGUGGGUGGGAAGCAGUGUGGAAGAAUGGGUGCCUCCAUUCCAUUUCAAUUCCAUUGCGGGGAAUUAGAACUUGCCGCAAUUCCAUUCCUUUCAAUUCCUCGGAAUGAAAAAACUUAGCCCAUUCGCACUCCGGGAAUGGCCGGGCAGUUCAAUUCCAUUGCUGUAAUUCCUCCACGUAAGAAAGGCAUCUUGAUAGUUUUAUUGAGUUAAGAAUGAAUGACCCAUAAAGCUGAUGCCAUCAGAUGCAUUAAGAACUGCAAGAGUACGCAAAACAGGUUACCAAGGUCGAGGGAUAGUAGCUUGGUUACAUAUCUCGUGCAGUACAACCACCCUACUAAUUCCCAUAGGGGCAGUUCUCCCGCUACCUGUAGUAUUUCCAUGGUCAGCAUGUUUGAAUGAAUGGUGGUGUUUUAAUAUUGUUUAUGCUUAAAUGUGUUAAUGCUAAAAUGACGACGUAGCGUAUUUUUAUGCUGAAAAAAGUAGUAUUCAAGAAGACUAAGCAGUUUUGCCACACGCCUGGAGCGGUUGUGAAUAUGGAGAAAAAUAAGAUUUGGUUAAUGAGGAAUAAGACCCUCUAGAUCUGCUGGUAUUAGUUGGAACAGUGCACCGCUCGGGCACCUUGUGCCUUUGUAUCGAAUACGGAACACUGGGCCGCACUGCUCGUCAGCACUCACGCUUGUCAAGCGCUCCUCGCAAGCAUAGAAGCACUGGCGUGGCACUGUGGUGGAAGACCUGACUGCUACGCAGAGGGCGAGGGUUGAGAUUCCAUCCAAUCCUAGAAAUUUGUUUCUCAUUUAUUUUUUUUAUAUCACGCGAUAGUGGUCACGGACACUGGCGGCGGUGGACAA